AUGUCUUCUCGGCGAGCGGCACUGUCCCUGUACCGUCGGUCGCUGAGACUGGCACUGGACUGGGCCGUCCAGCGCCAGCUCUGGCGUGGCCAAGCGUUGUAUAUACGGUCACUGUUCGAGGCAAACCGCCACGUGGCCGAUCCCAGGCAACAAAGGGCGUUAUUGUCCGAGACAGAAAAGCUGCUUGACAGCUGGAAACAUCCAGACCCCUACGUUCCGCCAACGGCUCCGGGAGGCUCCAAAUACGAACGCAACCUCCCAUCGCCGAUUCUGGAACCCCCCCCCAACCCCAUCAAUAGACAUUGA